AGAAGAUACUGAUGUGUGUGAAGGACUGGCGCGCUGCGCUCAUCUUCAUAUGAAUUACACAGAUGAGACAGAUGAAACAUCUCACACCAGCGACAAUGACACGCGUCUCUCAACUCCUCAAAGUCGACAAGAACAUUCCUGGAUCAUGACCACUGACUGCUAGAAAGCGACUUUACAAUUCUACGACACCAGAAACCCAUCAGAAACCAGCAGAGCUCACUGGCUCCUCUCGAUUCUCUGCCAUGGAGGACGCAAACAUCACUCACUUGGCAGCCGUGUUCGUGAACCCUCAUAGUCAGGUGCCCGUUUUGGACGUCCACGACACUUACACAGACUUCUACGACAUGGACUAUGGCGUUCCUGCAGAGGAGAUGCCGGACACCACGCAGGGACUGGCCUACUUUGUGGCCACCAUCGUUAUCGGAGCCGUGCUUGUCUGCAUCAUGCUGGUGUGCGGCUUCGGUAACUUGCUCUUCAUAGCCACUCUGGCCCGAUACAAAAAACUCAGGAACCUCACCAACCUGCUGAUCGCCAACCUGGCCAUCUCCGACUUCAUAGUGGCUGUGGUCUGCUGCCCUUUCUUGGUGGAUUAUUACGUGGUCAAGCAGCUCUCCUGGGAUCAUGGAAAAGUGUUGUGUGCCUCCGUCAACUACCUCAGGACUGUGUCACUCUAUGUGUCCACCAAUGCCUUACUGGCCAUCGCCGUUGACAGGUAUAUGGCCAUUGUUCAUCCCCUGAGGCCCAGAAUGAAGCAUCAGACCGCAUACUGUCUCAUAACCGGGGUGUGGAUCAUCCCGGUGCUGAUUUCCAUUCCCUCUGCAUACUUUACAUCCGCAACCAAAGUCCCCCACGGAGCCAACCACAGCAAGACCUUUUGCGCCCAGAUCUGGACGGUGGACCAGCAGCUGUACUACCGCUCGUACUACCUGUUCAUCUUCGCCGUGGAGUUCGUGGGGCCGGUGAUCACCAUGGCCCUGUGCUACCUGCGCAUCUCCAGAGAGCUGUGGUUCAAGAGCGUGCCGGGUUUCCAAACGGAGCAGAUCCGGAAACGCCUGCGCUGCCGGAGGAAGACGGUCAUGGUGCUGAUCGGCAUUCUCACGGCCUACAUCCUCUGCUGGGCUCCGUACUACGGCUACACCAUCCUGCGCGAUUUCCACCCCACGCUCAUCUCCCGAGAGAGGAACUCCCUGGUGGCUUUCUACAUUAUCGAGUGCAUCACCAUGAGCAACAGCAUGAUCAACACGUUCUGCUUCGUCAGUGUAAAGAACAACACUGUCAAAUAUUUCAAAAGGAUCGUUCUUCUCCGCUGGAAAUCCACCUACACCUCCAGGAAGAGCGCAGACGAGACAGACAUCAAUCCACAGCUCACCGAAUGUAGAAAGGGAGCCGAGCUGAGUGGUUUACAUGUCACCCAUAUUACAGAUGAUUAAAGAGUACUAGGCAUUGUUCUGCAGAUGAAUAUCACCUGACUGAUGUUAUGUUUUAGUGUGUUUUUCCCUCCAUGUGAUAUGUGCUGUUUUCAUACUUUCUAUGUAUAUGUGUUUAUGAUACAGCACAAAUAAUAAUUUCAGAUGUUUUGCACAGAUUUUUUUUUUUUUUUUUUUUUUUUUUUAACUACUGAGUGAAUGAACUACUUAAAGCAAAUGAAAAAAAGCAAUGGGACAGUAUAGAACCAGUGUUGUAUAGUUAUUGAUUAUAAAUAUAAAAAAAAACAUUUUUGGUUUAGUUUAUUGCAAAAUAUUUAGAUACAGUUAUAUAAGCAUGUGUCAGAAGACUCAACACCAUUGGCAAUGCUUUGUGAGAGUACCUCAGUAUGCUGACCUUUUUAAUAAUUGCACAGUGUAAAAAUUUUCUCCAGCUUCAACUAAAAAACUGAAGUUCAGCAACUGCCUUGAAGUUUUAAGUUAAAUCAACCUAAAAAAAAUACAGCUCAUUACAAUGAAAUAAGUUUAAAUGACUUGUACUUUUAAGUUGAUUUAACUGCAUUUUUUAGGGCAGCUGCUAAAUGUUUUUAAGUUAAAACUAGGAAAAAAAAAAAUUGCAGUGCAAAUCUAUGUUGUCAUUGGAACACAGCCUUCUCUGAUUGGUGGAGGGUUUAUUCUGGAUUAUGGGUAGUGUACUUAUUUUCAUUAAAAUUUAAACACUUUUAUAUGGUAUGUUCAUAUGGUAUUGCUAAAAAUCAAUUUCACUAUGAAGAAAAUGAGUGGGAUUUUUACUCCAGAACUGUUAUGUUCGAUUGAUGAAAAAACCCUAAGUACAAGCAGUGUUUAUGGCCUCAUUGAGCCACCACUCAUUAAUUUACUGUUACAUAAUAUAGAUAAUUUAAAAUCCAGUCUGAUUAGUGAGGUCCUUUAUCAGUGGAUGUUUUAUAUAUAAAAGUUUAUUUUUUUCGUCUGAAAAUGUGGUCGUUUGCUGUGUUGCUUUUGUGUUGGUUAAAACAGUAUCUGCAUGCAUUCUAGCCAAAUAAAGCA